GAAGCAGCGCGUAGCACUAGGAGUCUCUCUGACUGAUGAUGACGAUUGGACGACGAACCGCGCACGCACGGAUUUUUGUAGACUUUAACAACUUCUAAUUAAACACUCGACUUCACAUGUGUGUCUAAAGUGCUCUCGUGCUCACAUCAGCAUGUCACGACUCGCGUCACGGCGCUGUUCCGCGCGCAGGGGAGUGCAGCGUUCCAAAAGUUCAAGACUCCCUCGUGUCAAUCGCUUUUAAUUUUUUUUUUUACUUCCUCCUUUUCAUUGCUUUGAGCUUCUCCCUUUGUUGGAUGAUUUUUCCUCAACUGAACACGGGAAUGUCUCUUCCCAUCAUGGCCGCUGCACCCUGAGGGGAGAUGGAUUUGGAGGUGAAGGAUGUGAACUGCUCCAGGAAUGAGAGCGGCUGCCAGCUCAGCGAUUCUUCCGGCGGAGUGUCCACUGCGCUGGCCAGCGUUCUGAUCUUCACCAUCGUGGUCGACAUCCUGGGCAACGUGCUCGUCAUCAUGUCAGUGUACAGGAACAAAAAGCUCAGGAAUGCAGGUAACAUCUUCGUGGUGAGCUUGUCUGUGGCAGACCUGGUGGUGGCACUGUACCCAUACCCUCUGGUCUUGACCGCAAUCUUCCACAAUGACUGGACAAUGGGCGACCUGCACUGUCAGGCCAGUGGCUUCAUCAUGGGCAUCAGCGUCAUUGGCUCCAUUUUCAACAUCACUGCCAUUGCCAUCAACCGCUACUGCUACAUCUGCCACAGCCUGCACUACGAUCGGCUGUACAGCGUGAGGAACACCUGCUGUUACCUCGGCCUCACCUGGCUGCUCACUGCUAUCGCCACAGUGCCAAACUUCUUCGUGGGCUCGCUACAGUACGACCCUCGGAUUUACUCCUGUACCUUUGCACAGACAGUCAGCUCAUACUACACCAUUUCGGUGGUGGUGAUUCACUUUUUGAUCCCUCUGCUUGUUGUGUCCUACUGCUACAUGAGGAUAUGGGUGCUGGUGAUUAAGGUGAAGCAUCGGGUCAAACCUGAGCAAAGGACCAGACUGAAACCCAGCGAUGUGAGGAACUUCCUGACUAUGUUUAUGGUCUUUGUCUUAUUUGCUGUGUGCUGGGCGCCGCUGAACCUCAUAGGCCUGGCCGUGGCAAUAAACCCUGUGAAAGUCGCCCCCAAUAUACCGGAGUGGCUUUUUGUCACAAGCUACUUCAUGGCUUACUUCAACAGCUGCCUCAAUGCCAUCAUAUAUGGAUUACUAAACCAAAACUUCCGCAAAGAAUACAAAACCAUCCUCCUUGCUCUUUGCGUGCCGCGUUUGUUGAUCAUGGAGACCUCCAGGUGUGCCACAGAGGGACUAAAGAGCAAACCUUCACCUGCUGUAACAAACAACAAUGUAGCAGAGAUCAAUGUAUAAAGUUAUAUGUAACUGGGUCAGUGGAUGUGGUUCCCCAGUGCCUUUUCAUUGCAAUUAUUUUCUUGUAAACUCAGGUUUCACCUCAGCAUACUCCCUCUCAGCUUGUCUCUCAGUCAUCCAAAGCUCUCCCAGGUUUCUGACACACGACAAAGAGUUUGCCAAAUUUAUACUUAAUGUACUCUUUAUUCCCCAAAUCCUCCAUGGGACACCGGACCAUGGGAAGAAAUGCAAGCAUCAUUGGAAGUCAUGUACACAAUUUAUGAACUUUGAGCUUAUAGAAAGUUCCCUCUGGUGAGGCAUUUUAUUCUCCAAGGAGGGAAAGUUCUUUUGGACUCCUUUCUUGACACGACCCAAAUUGGAAAUUGCCAACAAAUCCACUCGCAUCCUUCCUUCCCUGUACUUUGUGUUCCACCAUCACUGCCUCUCUGCACUGUAUUUCAGUGGAAGAGGUGCUACAAGAGGUCCAGAGAUUUAAAAGAUUUAUAUAUAUAUAUAUAUAUAGAACAGCACUCAGCUUUCAAUAUGAUUUCACUGAAUCCUCAUAUUCAUCAUCCAAAAUAUCUAUACUGUCUGUUUUUGGUGGGAGACACUCAUGUGUACAUCCGUCGCACGGGGAUGAGUCACUGCCUCUUUCCACAAGUCAAAUAUUAGUUAGACAAGAACUGUAAAAAUAAACGUUAUUAUAAUGCUUAUGUGCAUCUGUCCUCCUAUAUGCAUUAUCAAUGAAAUGAUCUUUAGAUAAAAGUACUCUCAAAUUUGUUUUUUUCCAGCUUGUCUUCUGAGCACUUAUGCCCGUCUGAAAAACUUUACAUUUUGGAGUUUGUUGGUUUAAAAUCAGCAAAUAUGAUUUAAAAAUGAGCAGGAAGUGUAAAAAGAGUAAGAACAGAUGAAGAACAAAGCCAGCUCUCUCGUUUAUUAAAUGCCUGGGAGACAUGAUAUGCAUCAAGAGCCAGAGAGAUGUAAUUCUUGAUAAUGCAGGAGUGCUUGAGCUCAUGUCACCCUAUCCGGGAUGAGCUUUGACAGCCUCCCAGCAGAGAUUCCUUUCUACAAACAAACUAUGAGCACUUUGCUACCCCGGGGUGGGGGCUUCAAGAUCAUCACAGUGACACAUUCUUAAUUUAAUGCACUGUUGCUGGUAUUCUUAAGGAGAUUGCAUAUUUGAAACAACUCAUUCAUAAUCUAAAACAUCUCCGAGCGUAUCAGAUUCACUGCCCGGGUUUCCUAUUCUGCUUGCUUUAGACGGAACACACAGGCCAAGGCUGAAUCGAAUUAAACAAGUGUAAGAAAUGGAAGGAAUUCGGUGUGUUUGCACAAAACCAAGUGCCUUCAACUUGCAAAGUUGUUAAUAGCACUAAACGGUUCAGUUGUGUUCCUUUCAAAACGCCGCCUGUGAUGUGGAAGAGUGAAGCGGCCCACAUGGCAGUGCAAGGUCACCCACAGGUGAGCGGCUAAAGCAGCUCCAGGGAAAACAGCAGCUUCGUCUGCCAGUCUGAAGUCACACACAGAUAAGACAUUCUUCCUCCUGCUCAUCACCUACCACUAUAUUAUAUCUCUAUUUCUUGCUUUUUAUUUUUGCUCUCUAUUUCCCUGCUGGUCUCCUGCGGCACCUCACUCCCCUAGCUGAGAAGUUUACCUACGAUUUCUGCUGGAGCACACAAAGGGGAAAAGGUCAGUCUAUGAAUAUCUCACUUAGUUGAAGAAGGUGAAAUAAUGCCAACAACCAAGAAAAAAAACGGAAAUAUAAAGUCACACGGCUGGCAAUCUAAGUACCCAUCACUAUCAUCUGAUAACUUCUGGGAACAACCAGUGAUGUUUCAGAGGUUUUGUUGCAGCCUGCAGAUAUUCUAAUAACAGAUAACGGACACAAGAUUUUCUCUUCUUUUAGGAGAAAACAAAUACCCA